GCGAAGUCUUAAUGCUUUUUAUUCUGUUUCUCUAUUACAGAAGACAGAAAGCUAUUGUGUUUAAAUUUCUAAUGAUAUAAUUUUUCUAACAGCGAUGUUUUUGUAUGCUUUGAAGCUAAUCAAGAUUUCAUCCACGCCUAACUCAUAAAAUAUUAUUAAAUUAUCUUCUUGAUUUUGUUACGGUUUUUUUAAUUCAAUUGUUAGCUAACUCUAACUCGUCAUGAGUUUCAAUAAUGCUCAAUAUUAUAAACUUCCAAGAGUCCUUUUACGAACAGCCAAAGACGAAAAUGAGUUUUUAAGCAGCUCUCUUGGUCAAAGUCAAAACCGGAGCUCGAUAAACUAUGGUCCUGGUGAUGAUUAUUUUGCCAAUAGUCAGCAUGUUCCCCAAAUUCGAGGAAGUGCUGGUCACGGAAGUGUGGGAUCUGUAAAGCAGUUUGAGAAGAUGUUCCGUAUACACUCGGAAUCUACGCAGUUUGGAUCGAUUAAUUUGCCGAAUAGAUCUCGGUCUAAACGAGAGGAAGUUCCAAAUCAUAACCGAAGUGUACGCAAUCCGUUUCGUGCUUUGACGAACAGUUUCAAAUCGCGACAGCAACCAAAAAGUAAUAUGUACGAUGGAUCUGAAGUCGGAAUGCAGCCUCAAAUGUUUUCAAGUGUCAGAGGACCUCUGAAAGUGAAACCUUUCGAAGAAUUUCAGAUGCACGGCUCAGUUGGACCGAAGUAUACAAGUCUUCAGAGGCCGAAAUCGGAAAUGCAAGAUGAAGAUGUGGCUUCACUGAAUGGUAGAAGUGGAGGAUCGACUAAGGGAUUAGGGAGGUCGGGAAGUGAUGUGGGAAAAAUGGAGAGAUUAGGAAGAGGGCAGAUGUCGGGAAAGGAGCUGUACUUGAAGAGAAAGAAUUACGUCAAAAAGGAGCUGAAAAAGAGAGAUUCUUCAUUUAAUGAGUUUAGUGGAGGAUCUCGGGGAAAUAUUGCGAAUGGAGAUCCGGUAUCUCUUCAGAUGCAGUCAAACACACCACAAAAUCAACACUACAAACAAGCUUCAUAUUCAGGGUCGUCGGGAGGAGACAGUGGGAUCAGAACAGAACAGAGCAGCAGUGCAGGAGGAGUGGUAGCGAGUCACAUGCUCGGGGCUAGUAUGAGUGACGAGUACGAGAUCGGAAUGCGAGCCAAUGGGCCAGGAGGAAAAGGUGGAAAGAAGCACGGGAAGGGAAAUCACAGAUCAGCUUCUGCUUCAAGAAACAGAGGGUCAACUGACGAGGACAUGGAUAACAAUUUCACACUCAUUUACGGAGACCGUCUCUCGGCAGGGGAUGGAGUCGGAUCCGCCGUGUCCGUGUCUUCGCGAGUCUCGAGCGUGAACAACUCCAGUUCGGCUGACUUCACAGUGGAACACUUGACUUCGUUCACGAUGUCACGCGAAGACGCAUUGUGGACAGUAGAUGAUGCUAUUCGGAAAUUGAAGUUGCAAGAUGUGAAGAAUAAAAUAUGGUCGCAGGAGAUGAAGCUGCGUGUGUCGGGAGACGAAAUCAAACUGUACGAUAUCAACUCCUCUGAGCUGAUAGACCGAUUCCCCUACAGCGGAGUAGCUCACGUGGAAGCCGUAGUGAUCAAGGACUACCACCUGGAGAGCAUUCUGGCCAUCAUCUACACUGACAUGACUGGACGGAAGCCGGAAAUCUAUCUUUUUCAUUGUGACCACUGCGAUGCGGACGAAGUGACAAGUGAGAUCAAACUGGCGAUGGAACACUACCACAGAUCCAAGCCAUCCAAAUAUGCAAAGGCUGCCCAGAAAAGUAAAGUCAAGCAGAGUAGUCUGAAUGGUAGUCAGCAGCGCCUCAGCGGAUAUCCUGUCGCAGCCUCACCAGUUAUGAGCAGGUCAGCCCAUGACCUAUCCACCAUUCCCCAAGGUCACUACCCGAUGACAUUCUACAACCCCAAUGCAGUGCCCGCUUCUGCCAAUCGGGGCUCUAUUAGCGGACACAGUUCGUCCCCUGCCAACUCACAAGCUAAACGAUCCGGAGGGAGGAUAACGGGUUUUUUCGAAAAGAUUUUCAAGUCCAAAUCAGAGCCAGAUUAUCUGGAAGAGUUUGGUGGUCAGAAUUUUAACGAUAGCUACCACAGUCAUUCCAACGGACGACCCUUCUCACAAAAUGAAAGGAUGUCGAAUGGGUUAAAUGGAGACGCUUUCAGUCGUCAUCAGGAUGAGAAUCAUCAACAUAUCAGUCUGUCUUAUCAUGCUAACGGGGCGAACUCUUUCGAAGAGGAUUUCUACACGGAUGAUGUCGUGGAUAAUCUAGACGACACUCUUGUGGCAUCGGCAAGUGUCAGCAGCCGCGACACGUCCUCGGGAUCACACCACCACGACUCCAAAUCGGAGAGCAGGAAACAAUUGGCUGUGAGGAUGGAGCGACAAGUGGAUAUUCUUAAUCAUUGUUUUGAUGAUAUCGAGGCCUUUGCACAGAAGCUGAAACACGUGCAUGAUGCACAGAAAGAACUGGAUAUGAGACGACAAAAGAAGAAGAAUAAGCAGAAAUUGGACAACAUGCUGGAGUACAGGGCUAAGAUGCCACCUCAGACAGACUUCAUCGACGCUUUCCAGAAGUUCAAGCUAGCAUUCAACCUCCUCGCCCCAUUGAAGAAACUGAUCUCAGACCCGAGUGCGCCUGAGCUAGUGCACCACCUGUUUCCUCCCCUCAGUCGCAUAGUGAACGACCCCAACUCAGUGGCCAUGGAGAUAGCCAAGAACGUGUACUCCCCACUCCUCACCCAGGGUGCAGUGGACCUGCUCAAGGGAUGCCUGUCUACAGAUGAGAAGAAACUGUGGAAUGAUCUGGGCAAUGCGUGGAACGUGCCCAGAGAGAGUUGGCCGAAGGAGCAUUUUGUGCCAGCAUAUGUGCCUGUGUUUUUGGAUGGAUGGAAACCUCCUCCCCUCAUUGACUCCUCCAACUCACCUCGACAGUCGAACCCAAAUCCGUCUUCAUCUUUGACCUCCACAGCUUCUCCCAGGAUGCCACCCCAGAGCUUGGGAAACGGACAUGCUAGGCCAUCAUCAUUUGCUGCUAUCUCACAAUCAAACACGCUGACAACUGAGUUUUCAUAUUCGGAUUCCACUAACCAUUUUCACCAUCGAGAAUCGAGGAGACCCUCUCUGGAUGUGCUGGCAGAGUGCUACCAUGACUACAGCGGCAGACGCUUGUCUGCCAUUCCCCCUCCCCCACAAGAGCUAGCCCCUCUCCCAAGAGCUGUUUCGACUAGCUCACUAGCAGAUCCCUUGCCCAAUAGACACUCGAUGCCAGUGGUGCCCCCUCCUAGUGCAGCAGCCCCCACACCCUCCUCCCUCCUCAAAUCGUCUCCGCCCUCUACUGUUGUGGUGAAGACUGACUUCGUGGCUGGCAACUACAAGGAGCUAACAGUGCGCAAGGGAGAAGUACUCGAGAUUGUAGACAGUACCCGCAAAUGGUGGGCGGUGAAGAACACCUCUGGCCAGACUGGCUAUGUGCCCAAUGUCAUCCUAUCCUCCCCCUCCAUUGGCGGUGGCAGCACCCAAUUGGAACCCACUCCCACCUUCCACCACCACAUGCAUAAUAUAGUCGACACAUCCAACAAGCUCAAAGAACAACAGGUGUUCAACACUCAUGCUGCUGCAACUGUUCAACCUCAGCGGACUGCGGUGACCCAAAAUGGUCCGCCAGCUCCCCCGGGCCCACCCGCAUUUGCAAUACCCGCCCCUCCGCCUCCCCCACCACCCGAGGCACUGCAGCCGAAACCGGUGGUGAAACAAGUGGCGAAACCCAAAGCAAAACCAGCACCUGUUCAGCCCUCACUGCAAGACUCACUACAGGAUGAGCUCAUGCAGAGGAUAAGGAGCGGAAACCCAUUCAAAUCGGGUAAAGCUAUCACGCCGAAAAAAGAGGAACCCCAGAAAGAAAUUAAUUCAGUUGUGACGUUGAAUGUGAAAUCAAAAGGGUCACCACUGAAGACUACCCCCUCCACUCACUCGGGUGGGGACAACUCGAAAGCAUCUGUGAUCAACUACGAGUCAACACCUAAGGAGGUCUAUGAGUGGCUGGCGAGCAAGGGCUUUUCAAGUCUAACUGUAGAAGGUCUCGGAAUCCUCAACGGCUCACAGCUGUUCAGCCUGAGUAAGGAUGAGUUCAUGGAGGUAUGCUUCCAUGACGGUCCUAGAGUUCACAGCUUCGUCACGGUCCAGAAGAGUCUGGCCAACUCGGCUAGUGCUGCCAACAGCUCCAGCGGCAUAGGAGGAUCAGUGACCGACUCGUAUGGUAGCAGCGCCAUGUCCACUUACAAUGAUCCCUUGACACAGCUCUGAUUUGUUAACGACGCUUUCCAGUUUAAGCUGCAGAUUUUGAAUGGACGCUAUGAUGUUUGUGUCUUUUUCCCCGCUGUUUAUCUCUAUCCUUCUCGUUGUUGUUUGUUCCUAAUUUAUGCAGCAGACUUCUCACAUUCGUUAUUCUAAUUGUAACGCGUCCAAAAGAUUCUGAGAGUGAAAUUUUUGGAGGAAAUUCUGUGUUUACUAGUGAGAAGAACUGAUAACCUGUAAUUUUUUCAUAGAUUUUUAGAAGCUAAGCCAGCAGAAUCAAUUUGUAAAAUUUGUUCUGAAGAAACUCCCUGUUUUUGAAACAUUUAAUCGCGAAAAGUUUAAAUUCCUUUGUAACUAUCAAUCUCGAAUUAGCCUUCAGAUUUAGCGCAACUAUGCGAGAGUCUGUCAUUUUUGAAAUAUCAAUCGGAAUAUCCUACUGUCUUACAUAUCAAGUUUAUUGAUUUACCCUCUGUAGAAUCGAGUCAAUUUAGAAUUCGCAUUUGAA